CACGCGUAAACACCGCAGUUUCAAGUUCGCGCGGACACGGGAUUUGAAUCGGUGGCGAUCGGCGGCAGGUCGUGCUGAGUUAGCAGCCGGUGCAUAUAAAUUCAAUCAACGACGGAGAGCCAUCAUUUCGCAUUUGGGUAUUGACCACAUAACGUCACCAUGUGGGCCCCUCUCGCCCUGCUUCUUUUCGUUAGCUCGGCUCUAGCUCAUACGGAUUUGCUAAUAUGGAAGCCGAACCACACGUACCACUACCGUGUAGAGACUCAAGGCCUGGCGGGCAUGAAUAAGGUAUCUCAGCAGUUCGCUGGACUCCAACUGAGGGGCGAGCUCGUGAUUGAGGUGACCGAGCCGAACGUCUUGUUAGUGCAUCUGCAGAACGUACAGCAUACCCAGAUACUCAAAGAAUUGCAAGAUAGCUGGCACACUAAAGUCUCCGACCAGCAGCUGCACUAUAAGAACUCAUGGAUCCAGACUACCUACAAGGUCGAUUUCCAGCAUGGGAAUAUGCAGAAGAUAUACACCGAGCCGCAGUCACCCCGCUGGCAAUUGAACGUUAUGAAGGGUAUCUUGAGCCAGCUGCAGUUGAGUAUUGUGGAACCUGAGGAUCUGCCGAUGGAAAAAGCGAGCUUCUCCGAGUUCAUUGUCGAUGAGCAGUCCGUCAGUGGCCACUGCAAUACCAGUUACAACAUCCAACCAAUGGCCAAGUCCCAGCUCGAAUUACAUCCACUAGUGCGUAUACCAGCACUCAAGGACGAAAUGUACUGGGACGUGAUGAAGACUCGGAACUACAGAGAUUGCCUGAGCAUGCCGAUGUACCAGUUCAGCAUAGUGAAGAACAUGGAUCACGAUAUACACGAGCGGUAUCUGAAGAGAUCGACCCAGGUGAACAUGGUUAUCUCGCGUGACAAGGAUGACCUCACUACCAUUCGGUCCAGCGUAAUGAAAGGCACAAUAGACGUCAGGCCCAAGCUCAACGAUUUCGCAAACUCCAAUAUCUUAACUAAGAUGAAGCUGACUUUGACGAAGUUGGAGCCUAUGACAGAAAUGAAAGACCCACCCCUAAAUCUGGUGCCCGCCGGCAAUCUGUUGUACGUUCAUCAUCUGAUGCACGAUCAUCAGUUGGACAAGACAAGGAUCGAACCCAAGGUCGACUAUCUAGAAACGGACCCGAAGUCCGACAAAAGUCACGAAUCGAGCUCCUCGGAGAAAGCCAGUUCCAGCAACUUCCUCAGGCGCUCCAUUCACCAGAAACUUAAUCGCUUUGGUAAUAACUUUAUGAGCAACACGGAAUUCCACGACCGAGAGUACGGUUACUUUAUAUCAAAGGCGGAAAUGCACGAGAGUAUGAACAACGUAUUGCCUUCGAUUCUCGGCCUCAAUAAGAACGACGGCAGCAAGAUGCUUGACCCGGCUGAGAUGAUGAAACAAGUUGUCAUACUGGUUAACGAGAUGGUGUCGGAAGUCCAGUCAUCCGACGAAGUGCUGAGGCAACAUACGUUGGAGAAGUUCAUGAUGUUGACGAGCUUGUUGCGUCACUUGAACGAGAAAGAACUGGCCACCGUGGAGAACGACCUCUCACCGAAGAUAUUACCUCAGAAGAGUAAGGAACCGUUACUUCGUUGGAAGAUCUGGCGCGACGCGGUAGUGCAGGCCGGGACCGGGCCUGCUUUUCUCACAAUCCGCGGGUGGAUUCUGGAGAAGAAAGUCCGGGAUUUCGAAGCGGCGCAAUUACUCUCACGACUCCCCCGAGUCGUGCACAUGCCCACGGCGGAAUACAUCAAAGCCUUUUUCGAACUCCUUAAAGAGCCGAGCGUGAAGAACGAAUUUCUCCUAAACACCACCGCGCCCUACGCUUUCGCCGAACUGGUUCGCUACGUCAUGGUCUGGGAUCAAAAGUUCUUUUACCCCGUGCGUACAUUUGGCAUGUUCGUCAACAAUGAGGAGAAAAAAGCGCUGACCGAUGUCUAUAUCCCCUACCUAGCCCAAGAGCUGAUGGAUGCCCAACAAAAACACCAUAACAGCAAAAUCCUGACGUAUAUUAUAGCUCUGGGUAAUAUAGGUCACCCAGCCAUCGUUCCGGUGUUGGAACCGUACUUGGAGGGCAAGCUGAAGAUAACCUCGUUCCAGCGUAUGACGAUAGUCGCCUCGUUGAGGAAGCUAAUGGAACAUCAGCCGGACGUCGUCAGGCCGAUUGUCUACAGGAUCUACCAGAACGACAAAGAGCAUCAGGAAGUGCGCAUCGCAGCGGUCCAACUUCUGAUGAUGUCCCACCCACCUCUGGACAUGUUGAAACGCAUGGCGGAGAGAACUCACUACGAACCCAACGGGGAAGUGAACAACGCCGUUGUAACCGGCAUAAGAUACCUCAGCAAAUUGAGCCGAGAGAGAAACCGUCAAGAUGCACACAAUGCGCAAGCCGUUAGGAAACUGUUGAAUCCAAAAGUAAAGCCCAAUAUGCGCGAAUCUUACAUUUUCGGCCAGGAUUAUGUGAAUGAACAGAAGGAAUUCGAGGCCGCGGUGUAUGUAAAUACCAUCCGUGGCUUCAAAAGAUUCUCACCCGCCUCCGCGUCUGUAGAACUAGGGACUAACAGGUCCCAUCUUUCGCCGCCCAAUUUAAAAAUAGCGGUCGCUAGCACGGGCAGUGAACUUCUAUUGCGCUUGCUACAACUGCUGUUCCACCCGAAUUUGCCAACGAAAAGCCUGUCGGCAGUUGAUGCAGUAGCUAAGAACCUGCAGAUCCCACUUCAGGAUGAGGAGUUAUUAGAGACCAGCUUUGUCAUGGACUCCGAGUAUGCGGUGAAUUUGAUUGUCCUCGACAAGCAUGAGAUAUUCGACCUACUCGAGAGCUUCCUGAGAGUUUUUAAACUUGCGGAAGAAGAUAAGAGCGACCUUAUGUUAGCCAGCAUGAUGAGCUGGGAGUUAGCGAUUAGUUACCCGUCUGAACUCGGCCUGCCUGUGACUUAUCGCUUGCAGAAGCCCCAGCUGGGCUACAUGAGGAGCAAAUUGCACUGGAAGGACAAACCGAAUCCAUAUGAUUUGCAGAUGGACGUCGAAUUAGAUGUACUAUUGAGCAGAAAGGUCAUGAGCAGACUCGAUUUUGUAACAGUCUUCGACAACCAGCGUUAUCUCUCCGGUUUUGAUGUCAAUAUGCAACUACAUCUACCAGCAAAGUUGAAACUCCACGUAGAUGAAGCGGCGAGACAACUCAACGUUGUUUACGAGCCACCCAAAGACAAACUCCGCACGACGUUGUUGCACUACAGCGUCGUUCCGCAUAACGCGAUCGUCGAUUUCUGUACCAUCAAGCCUGUUCUUCUGCACGAGCAAGCGUACAUAUUGUAUUGGAAGCAACCGCCCAGUAAAACAGUAGAAAAUAUGGGAGAUCUUGUCAUCACAAUUGAGACCGAUCAUUUCAGGCCUAAUGUGACUAUGCAAAAUUUCUUAUUUCCGGUUGUUGUUGAGCAAAUAACACAAUUAAUUGACAAAGAUGUCCAUUAUAAUAAGAUAGAAGUGGGAACGAAAUUCGACCCAAAUACAGACAACACUAUAUCCUUCACGAUCUCUUACGAUGACAUUCUCCCGCCUAAUGACAUGUUGCAUAAGAGGAUAGAAGAUGAUUUUGAGAUAUCGGACGAUUUAUGGAUGAGUGAAAUGAAGAAAAUAUCAAAGCAACACAAGAGCGACCCAAAGGCUAUGAAGUUGGUCAGAAUGGACAUGAAAAUACCGAACAAACAUAUUCAUUGGCACAUGAAUGAAACUAUAAUGCAACACAGCGAGCACGACACGACAAUGCAUUACAAGGCCAUUCUUCAAACGUCGCAUUCCGCGUGGAAGUUUGCCGCCGUACUAGAUCUAGAGAGCGCGCCUUCUGCAUGUCCGACUUUAGACCUACACUCCAAGCAUCAUAAUAUAUGGAAUGCGUUGCUACAUUAUGAAUCACCUGACAAAACCAAGCAGACAAUCCAUUUACUCGCGAUUCAAGAGCAAAGUGAAGAACUGAAUAACUUCUUGGUAAAUUCCGAAAUGCACAAGAAGUGCAUGAUGGAGAAGGAAAGGCACACCGUUGGCUUGAAGAACUGCCAGGAAUUCUGCAAGUUCAUCGAUCAGAAGGAUGAGAUGCAUAUGACGAUGAAGGUUGGCAACAAGCCGUUCCACUAUAUGAAAUACCUCUUCCUUAAAGCGCUCGCUGCUCAUCUCAUGCCUAUAAUGCACCUAGAACUGGAGGACUGGGAACCGCAACCGCAAGAACAUUCGCACCGGUCCAUCAGCGUCAUGGUCAACAAGCCGCUCUAUGACGAAAUGUUGAACAUCACCAUGGUCGCUCCGCCAUUAAGGGCUUAUAUGCAUAUGGAUCUCAUCGAUCUACCUGAUAGUUUCUUCAAUAAACAUCAGUUGGAGUUAUUGUUUGGCCAGUCAGACGCGAGAAAAUGCGUACUCAGCGCAGACCACCUUGUCAGUUUCAACGGCCUGGAGUACUCCGUCAGACUGGGGCAGAAACAUCCAUACGUGUUACUGAUCAAUCCCACGCGUCAAGGGCUCAAUGAGAGGUCGAAUUUAAUCAGCGCUAUUCAGGGCACACCGGACGAAACGAACGUGGCUGUUCUGGUUCAGCAAUUGGACAACGGCAGGAGGAGUUUAAUUAUAAUGAAAAAGGAGAGGACGGUCGAGAUAUUGCCACCCGCUCCAGGUUCUACAGAUGUACGAAUUCUAGUGGACGGACAGAAUUUAGAAUCCCCGCUGGAAUUGUGGCACACCUUGACACAACUAGAUAUACAUAUCUCCACAUUACCGAGCAACGUGCACGAAAUUUUAUUGGACUCGUCCGAGAUCACCAUCUGGUACGACUCUACGAAUGUGCAAAUCAAGGCUUCCGACAAGUACAACGGAGAACUGCGCGGUUUGUGCGGCGCCAAGGCCAAUAUCCGCGAGCACCAGUUGAUAACCCCGGCAGGAUGCUACGUGGAGGAACCCGCAGACGUGGUCGAGUUGUAUGCCUACGAUCCCGCGAAUGAAGAUCCCUUAGUUGAAAAGGCCAAAGAAUACGCCACGAAGAACUGCAUCGAACACGAGCACCAUCAAACCGACUAUGUGACCGACUUGGAGACAGGGAAAGCUACUCAACAACAGCUCUGGCGCGAGAAAUUUGCAGGAAUUUCCUUCAAUCAUUAUUGCACGACGAUGAAGACUCACUGGUUGGAGAAGGACGACGAGUACUGCUUCUCUCUGAGACCCCUUCCAUACUGUAACGAAGGAUGCAAACCCACGAAAAUGGUCUCGAAGGCAAUUGCGCAUUUCUGCGAGCCGAUAAAUUCCGAGGUAGUGGCAUUGAAGAACAGAAUUCAGUCGGGUGCCAAUCCAGACUUCCGCGACAGGAAGGUCUCUUUGCACGAGAACUUGCAGGUUCCGGCUUCAUGCAGGCCAUAAUUCGGCGACGUCGGCAGACUUGGCGGAUCGCCGAGACGUGCGAUUGAUCGAGGCUUUUUUAUCUUCCUUUUUUUAAGAAACUAGAAACCUGUUAUUUUAGUAAUGCAAUAAAGUUGAGCGUUCUCAACGUA